UCCCCUCUCCCCGUCGCACGUCUCAACCACGCACACCCAACCCCCCAAUUGCCUUUCCCUGGACCCCGGGAAUCGCUCAGUUCUACGGUUAACCAAUUGCACUCAAUCAAGUGCAUUGUUCGUUUUACUCCCGCCAGUACCGUCUGCUCCAACCGUCUCGCGACCACCGUUCCGGCGAAAAGUUUCUUUUAACGUCCGACUACUUCCUACCCGUUUCCUAUCACAAUGACGACCCCUCAAUUCUGGUCGACGCCUCUCCGCUACCUUCGCUGGGCCUCUCAUGAGAAGCCCGCUAUCUUCUACUCGCUUGUCGUUGGUGCCAUGGGCCCCGUCAUGCUGGUGACUCUCCCCCCGAUCAGACGGGCCUUCGGCGACGUUGACCCGGAACCCAUCCCCCUCACAUAUCCCAUUCCCCAGGGACCCCGGGUUAUCCCGCAGGGCUACGAUGACGAGUAAAUCCGCCGGAGACUAUGAAUGGAGUCCGUGUCGAUUUUCAGAUUUGAUUUUUUACUUGGUGUAUUUAGCUGGGAAUUCGAGUCAAUUCAAAAGACUACCUACCUAUUCUGUCGGACAUCUCCGAUUACACCGCCUGAGGCUGGGCCGGAGUUUUUGUGUCGUUCUGGGUUGAUAUCCGGAUCAAUGGCUUCUGGAUUGCUCGAGAUGCUCUUCUUGCCAUUGCCCCUAUCAAUCGUCUCUAUACCCUCACGGCCUACGGGCUUGAUGGUCAGCGUGACUGCUGUGUAUUGUACAGGAAAAUGAUUAUAGAGCGGUGAAUAAUGCCAUUUGUUUCCUA